CAAGCCUCGACCACUUCGGCGAAGCGAGCCGUUUGCUGCUGCAUUCCUGCAUGCGUCAGCCUCGCCUCGUCGAGCCUCACCCAGCGGCAAACCCAACCUGCUCGUUGGUGUCUCAAAGACUGUGAGGCCCGCCUUCCGCGCUCGCAGCCCUGGCUUGGUCUCCGAAUCAACAAAUUGGGAAUCGACGAGAGAAACGUGGCAAGCAUGCUGGAGGGCUUGCUGCACCUUCGCCGGCCCUUCGUUGCGCAUCUCGAGACCGCGACCUCUUGACGCGCUGACGGCUUCUCCCCUACCACGCCCUUGCCGCGUCAUCGCCGACCUGCAAACACAUCGCUGCCAUUCGAGACUGGCCUUUCAAGCAGCGCAGCAGCUCGCACUCCAGCACUAGACCCCAUACGAACCAGACCCGCCAUACGUUCGCCCACCAAAGCGACAUGUUCUUUCUACACAACCUCGAGCGGCGCGUCACGCUGCAUCCCUCCUACUUUGGGAGGAACAUGCACGAGCUCGUCACGACGAAGCUGGUCAAGGAUGUUGAGGGUACUUGCGCUGGUGACUACUACAUCAUCGCCAUCAUGGACACCUUCGACGUCUCCGAAGGGCGCAUUCUCCCCGGAAGCGGGUUGGCCGAGUUCACAGUGGGCUACCGAGCCGUCGUCUGGCGGCCCUUCAAGGGCGAAGUGAUCGACGCCAUCACCCAGACAGUGAACCCCCAUGGCUUCUUUGCCCAGGCUGGGCCGUUGCGCCUAUUUGUCUCGUCCCAGCUGAUGCCCGAUGAAAUACAAUACGACGCCAGCGCCACCCCCGCGCAGUUUACCAACAACGCCGACAUCGUCAUCGAGCAUGGUACGCACGUGCGGGUCAAGAUUAUCGGCUUGCGAACCGAGGUCGGCGAAAUGUGGGCUAUUGGCAGCAUCAACGGCGAUUUCCUCGGGUAGGUGACCCCGGACGACGCCCGUGCUCGACAGGCCAUGCUGACAUAUCUACUCCCA